UGCAGCUAAUAUGAGGAUGAGGCCAUGUUUUUAUGAAUGAUGCACUAUGGUGAUUUUCAGAUAAGGAGACAGUGGGAUUAGGUUGGAUAAAAAGGUGAACAAUAUAAAAGCAGAAUCAUCACAGAAUUUACAGUAGUCUGGCUGCCAGGGUGCUCAGCUUGUCCAGAGACAUGAUGUUUGCUGCAGUGUUAGUUGCUGGAAUUCUAGGCCUUCUUGUUGGAACAGCUGUACCUAUGUGUGUCCCGACAGAAUACACUCUCUAUGUUGAAAAGCAAGAGUGUGACUACUGUGUGGCCAUCAACACCACAAUGUGCAUGGGUUUCUGUUUUUCCAGGGACAGUAACCUGAAGGAAUUAGUGGGACCGCGUUUUCUAGUUCAGAGGAGCUGUACCUAUCAGGAUGUGGAGUAUCGUACAGCAGUUUUGCCCGGCUGUGGUCUUCAUACUGAUUCUCACUUCACCUACCCAAUUGCUCUUACCUGCCAUUGCAGCAUGUGUAACACACGCACUGAUGAGUGUGCUCAUAAAAGCAGAUUCAGUGCGGCCAAGUGUUCCAAACCCGUCCAACAUUUGUAUCCCUAUCCCUGGCAGAGUGACUAUAUAUAACCCAGCUUCAGUGAUAGUUUUCAUAACAGCUACAUUUUAGAGUCAGUUUGGAGACAUGAAGCGUUUUUUUGACGCGAUUUGCACAUAUAAUAAAAAAAAAUGACACGUAAUAAAAACGUGUCUGCA